CUUUACUAUAACACGUGGAGAUUACCUUUCUCCAGCUCUAGACACUGUACCUGAGUAAGAGACAUCUCGAAUUAUCCUCCGACACCAUCAAGUCGACCCUCCCGCGAACAGCGAGCCGUUUUCACCAUUUGCGAUCCACCUCGAAAUCCUUUCUACACGAACUGUUUUUGCAACAACGCGACAGCGCCCGAGGUGCUACAACUCCGUAUACCCCACCGCACCAGCAACCGUCUUCGCCUGCCUUCCGACACUACGGCUCUGACCUCAAACGCGUCCCCCCAGCUUUUCUCAAGCUUGCGACACCACACCACCGCAACCAUGUCGGCCCAAACCAGGCUCAACAAGCUCAACGCCGCCACCGACGCCCGCAAAGCCCGCCUCGCCGCCCUCAAAUCCCUCAAGCGGAAAGCCCCCUCCGACUCGACCUCCGCCGCCCACCCCGAGCCCUCCUCCCCCCCCACCGCCCUCACAAAUCUCCAACCCCCCUCCGCCACAACCCCCCCAGAAGACCAACCCUCCACAGCCCCCUACCUCUCCGGCCGCAACUACGACCCCGCCACGCGCGCCCCCAAGCUCGGCUUCGACACGCUCCCCGCGCACCUCGAAACCGCCGCUACCCUCGAAAAACGCGCGCACGACCUGCACAUCGCGGUGCGCAGCGAGCAGGCGAAGGAGCGCGCGGACGAGCCGCUGGAUCUGUUUAAGCUGCAGCCGAAGCGGCCGAACUGGGACCUGAAGCGGGAUUUGAGGGAGAAGUAUCAAGGCUUGGAGGCGGAGACGGAGAGGGCGAUUGCGCGGUUGGUGAGGGAGAGGGUGGAGGGGGGGAAGAAGGCGGUGGGGGAGGGCGAGAGGGAGGAGGUGGGGAUGGAGGGGGUGGCGUUGGUGGAGGCGAUGCAUCGGCGGGAGAGGGAGGGGGAG